AUGUCAUCGUCUGUUCAUUUCAAAUUCAAGUCCCAGAAAGAACCUUCACGGGUCACCUUCGAUGGCACUGGUAUUUCUGUCUUCGAGCUCAAGCGAGAAAUCAUCAGCCAGAGUAGAUUGGGCGAUGGGACUGACUUUGAACUAUCCAUCUCCAAUGAGGACACCAAAGAAGAAUACGAUGAUGAUACUACCAUCAUUCCUCGAUCUACCUCAGUAAUCGCUCGUCGAUUACCUGCUGCCCGGCCCGGAAAAGGUGGCGCCGCUCGUUACGUCUCCGGAAAGAUGCCCGUGAACGCUCGUAAUGCAUCUCGGACCGAACCAUCUACCACCCGACCCGCCCCCGGAGGCCAGUCCGUGAACAAUAAUGUGCUGGAGCUUACCAAUGCACAAACGGAGGAGGAGAAGAUCAACGCUCUAUUCAACUUGCAGGCCAGUCAAUGGAAGGAACAGCAGCAAGAAAUGGCCAAUGCAACCCCGGUCCCAUUUGGCCGUGGUCGAGGAAAGCCAGUUAAUGUUCCCGAUCACCCACCGCCUCCUGGGUACCUGUGCUACAGGUGUAGAGAGAAAGGUCACUGGAUUCAAGCCUGUCCGACGAAUAAUGACCCGAAAUUCGAUGGCAAAUACCGGGUGAAACGAUCGACCGGAAUCCCGCGAUCGCUCCAAACGAAGGUUGAGAAGCCAGAAUCCCUUGCGCCUGAUGGUACCAACGAUGACUCGAGGAAUACGGGGGUCAUGGUGAAUGCGGAUGGUGAUUUCGUCAUUGCAAAGCCGGAUAAAGCAGCCUGGGAAUUGUACCAAGAAAAGCUGAAAGCUUCAGCUGCAGCCGCAGCUGAAGCAGCAGCCGUAGAGGAGAGCAAGGCCCUGCAGGCUCGGGGUCUGGAAUGCCCAAUUGACAAGAGGAUGUUCUUAGAGCCAACACAAACUCCAUGCUGUCACAGAACAUAUUGCAAUGACUGUAUCUCAAAUGCUUUGAUUGAAAGUGACUUUGUCUGCCCUGGGUGUGCUACCGAGGGAGUUUUACUUGAUAAUCUCAUUCCAGAUGAUACGGCUGUUUCCAAGAUCAAAGUCUAUGAGGCAGAAAAGAUGGAAGCCAAAAAGGAAAAGGAGAAACAAGUGCCGAUUCCGGAUGAUUCUGCGGUUAAUGGAACUCCUGCAAGUGACUCGAUCCAAGACUCUGGCCCCAAAGAACAGGUCCCAUCCCAUCAUCCCGAGGCCGAGAUCACAACAAACCAGUCAAAGAAGAGACCGGCUGAAAGUGAUCCUACAGAAGGAUCCGACAGCUCCAACCCCGGCAGUGCUGCAAAGAAGCAAAAAGGAGAAGACUCACCAAAUCAAUCUAUCUCUAAACCCAACCCCAUUCCCAUUCCCAAUUCUGUGGCCCCGGAGGCUGCGAAUACGAACGCCAACGGCAAUGGGAAUGGAAAUCCAGCGUCUAUGAAUCCACAGAUGCCGUUCAAUGGGUUGAAUGGAAUGCCUCCUUUUGCCGACCCUAAUUUUAACAGGGAUGCAAUGGGUUUCAUGAAUCCGAUGGCCAUGCCAAAUGGCUUCCCCAAUGCCAUGGGACCUGGAUGGAACCCAAUGAAUAUGCCCUUCAACCCUAUGCAAGCAGGCAUGUUCGGUGACCAAGCUAAUGGAUUCCCUAACAUGUUCAAUGGUGAUCCAUCCAUGAUGUUCCCGAUGCCCCAGAUGCCUGGAUCUAUGCAUAACCCUAGCUUCCAAGGUCCGGGAAUGAACAACUUUUCCAACCAACAGAGAACAGUAUUCAGUGGUCCAUAUUCCCGCGAAGAAGACUCACCGUAUUUUCGUCAGCCAGUGAAUCCUCAACGACAUCAGGCGAGGAAUCGAAGGGUGCGACCAAGUGAUUACCGCGAACUUUGA